AUGCCACUACCAACACAAUUGAAACAAGACAUACUCACAAACGCCAAAAUAUGUCUCUACUUUAUCCUCCCCAUAGCAUUAUCAAUGUAUCUAAUCCCAACAUUUAUAACCCCCGAUCUAAUCACCUACAUCCAAAUCAACUUCCGCGUCAUACUACUUUCCAAGCAAUUCUGUCAAGUGAAACCGCAACAAUGUGAAGUAUUAUUGGAUUCGAAAUUCGGCGAUCCAGAAGUGCUUUAUCGUCAAGUGUUUCACCAUUAUGAUUUAAUUUAUGUCGUUAAUAAAUAUAUCUGGCAAUGGGAUCGGCUCGUUAUCAAAAUAAUCGUGUCAUCACCAGCCAAAUAUACAAUUAUAGGGAUGGGAUAUUUACGUGGUGUCGAAAUGAAUGAUGAGUAUUGGAACCUCAUGCAAGAGACAUUACAUAUCAUUCUUGCUAUUUUCAAUACUCUGAUUUUCCAUAUUGUUAUGGGAAUGGUUGUUUCACGAAUGUGGAUGUUUUUCAUUGUUGGUGUCGUAUUGACUAUUUUAGAACCUUGGGAGAAAUUGGCAGGUCCAAUUUGGAAUUUAUUACAAUCGGCAAAUAAUGUAUUUUAA